AUGGCAACCGAAACCAGCGUCCUUCAGCUCACGCCCAUCGGGCACGUGCGGAGUCGCUUCGCGGGCUACGCACCGUCUGACGAAAUGGGGGAACAUCCCUCGGAGAUCGUGGUGCUUCCGGAAUUUGCCGACGGGUUGAUGGGCCUGGAGCCCGGUGACCGCAUUCAGACGUUGUUCAUCUUGCACCGCGCCGCGACCACCGGGUACGAGCUCAGGCUGCACCCCGGCCACAACCCCGCAAAUCCCAUAAGGGGCGUGUUCUCCACCCGUAGCCAGUAUCGGCCCAAUUUCAUCGCUGCAACGAUUGCGCUGAUCCAAAGCAUCCGACAGGACAUUGAGGGCGGCGCGGCGGUGCUCACCGUCACCGGUCUCGACGCUCAGGACGGUUCGCCAGUGGUGGACAUCAAACCGCACCGCACAGCGUUCGACGGUCCGGCCGGCUAG